AUGACUUCAAGACAUAGUGAAAAAUUCAGUCCUUUCAAUCCCAGACCUUUAGUGGUUUUGGCAUCUCCCUUUUCACUGGACCAUGCGGUUCACUUGCUUUUGAGAACCGUCUUCCAUUCUUUGUAUACAUGGACAUUUUCUGUUCCAAUAUACCUUUUAUCUGGAUCGUCGCUGCUCAUAUGGUUGUCCCUUGCAACUGAUGUGCUAUGGGUCUUGAGGUGGUUAAGCCACGUGAAAAAGAUCCGCGGUCCAAUGACCGUUUUGGGGCCCAGGAACACAAAGGUGAACAUAAUUGUGACCGGGGGAGCGCGUGGUUUGGGGAAAGGCAUUGUGAAUGCCUUCCUCCAGCUCUACAGUGAAGAUCCCAAAAGCUUCAAUUUAGGAACAAUAUUUGUUGUGGAUACUAUUGAGGUAUCUUCCCAAUCCAAUGUAGUUUACUACAAGUGUGAUUUGGCGAAUAAGGUUAAGACUGGGAUGGUCACGCAGGAAAUUCUGUCCACAGUCUCAAGAAGAGGAGAGAAGAUUGACAUUCUCAUCAACAACGCUGGUGUCCGCCAGAACGAGACAUUCUUGGAAAUCUCCGAGGAAAAGACCCGUAAUAUAUUGGAGGUAAAUGUUUUUGCCCCAAUUGCUCUCACGAAGGCUGUUGUGGGGCUGCACAAAGAGUUCAACACCAAGAACAAUGCACGUACGUCUCUAUCUGUGAUCAACAUUGCCUCGGUACUGGGAUAUCUAGGGCCAUCCAGACUAUCCAUGUAUUCGGCCUCAAAAGCUGCUUUGAUCCAGGCAAUGGACUCUUUGGCUCACGAAGAAGAUGAUACGUUGCACGUGGCAACCAUGACGCCUGGUCAGAUGUCUUCGGUCAUGUUCAGAGACCUUGACAUGAAGCACCUGAGUUUCUUUGCUCCUAUUGUGGAUGUGGACAAAUUGGGCAAAAGAAUAGCUCAAUUAGCAAUCACAGGCGAGCGCGGGGUAUGGGGAUAUGCUCUUUAUGGAGCAUUGGUUCCUAUUGUGCGUUUGUUGCCUUACCUUCCAUGGGAGAUUAUUCGCAGUCUUUCCACCAUAGACACUCAGAUUAAAGCUGCUUAG